AUGGCGUUUCGACCAUCCCAACGCAUGACCUCCAGCCUGCUCCGGUCACGUCUCAACCCUUCCACAUCGUGUCCGCACCCCAGCCGUACACAUGCAGCAGCACGCCUCUACUCGAGCAGCGGCGAGGCGCCCCCGCCGCCCCUGCUGCAGAAGCUGAAAGGAGACCUGAAGACCGCAAUGCGCGCCAAAGACGCCGCGCGCCUGACGGUGCUGCGCUCCGUGCUGUCGGCCACGCUCAACGCAUCCAAGACGGCCAGCCCCAUCACGACGGACGCGAAGCUGGUGGCGCUGCUCCGCAAGCAGCAGAAGGCCUCGGGCGACGCGAGCGCCGAGUUCAGCGCCGCCGGCCGCCAGGACCUCGUCGACAAGGAGCAGGCCCAGAUAAAGAUACUCGACGAGUACGUGGCCGGCAGCGGCGUGGAGGAGGCCUCGGAAGAGCAACUGCGGACGGUGGUCGGGGGCGUCAUCACUGCCUUGACGAGCGAGGGUGCUGUCGAGGGUGGUAGGGCGAAGAUGGGGGAUGUCAUGAAGAAGCUGCUUGCGCCGGGCGGGCCCCUGGAAGGGAAGAAUGUGGAGAAAAGCGAGUUGGCCAAGAUCGUGAAAGAGUUCACUGGUUGA